AUGGCUCAGAGGAGGGCUGCUGGUGGCUGCUGCUGCCCCAGGGCGCCCAUGAAUGAAGACAAUGCCCGUUUCUGCCUCCUGGCUGGGCUCAUCCUGCUGUACUUGUUGUGUGGGGCGGCCAUCUUCUCAGCCCUGGAACACCCGUUUGAGCUGCGUGCCCGCCGCCUCUGGAAGCAGCAACUGGACAACUUCACCCAGAGAUACAGGGUCAACCUGGGUGCCCUGCACACUCUGCUGCGACAGUAUGAGGAAGCAAACGGAGCUGGGAUCAGAGUGGACACGCUUAGGCCCCGCUGGGACUUUUCUGGAGCCUUCUACUUUGUGGGCACAGUGGUCUCCACUAUUGGCUUUGGUAUGACCACACCAGCGACCAUUGCCGGAAAAAUAUUCUUAAUCUUCUAUGGUCUCAUCGGUUGUGCUGCAACCAUCCUCUUCUUUAACCUCUUCCUGGAGAGGAUCAUCACAAUGUUAGCUUACAUCAUGCGCUGGUGUCACGAGCGUCGGCUAAGGUAUGCUGGAGUUGGGUUUGUGUCAAGCAGGGAGGAGUCGUCAGGUGAGGAGGACAGCCUGGAAGGCUGGAAACCGUCAGUCUAUUACGUGAUGCUGAUCCUGGGUGUUGCAUCGGUGGUGAUUGCGUGCAGUGCCUCCACUCUGUACAGCUCCAUGGAGAACUGGAGCUACGUGGACUCCCUCUACUUCUGUUUUGUGGCCUUCAGCACCAUCGGCUUCGGGGACCUUGUGAGCAGUCAGAGACAGCAGUAUGAGUCUCAGGAGGCCUACCGGCUUGGGAACUGCCUUUUCAUCUUAAUGGGGGUGUGUUGUAUCUACUCACUCUUUAAUGUAAUUUCUAUUAUCAUCAAGCAAACUCUAACCUGGAUCGUGGGUAAGCUGGUCUGCUCGGGGCGGCGUCGGCCCUGCUCCUGCUCUAGAAAUGGCUGCCGGUGGCUUUGCUGCCCCUGCCUGCAAAAAGGCAAUGCCAACCGCCUGCGUCCGCCUGCAAACCUCAGACAAAAACGCUUAAAACGCAACACCGUGCAGCCCGUCUCAUCCCGUUUCCCUGCAGGGAGACACCACUGCAGGGACGGCUCGGUGGAGACAGUGUGUGACAGUGAGACGGAUGCAGGUGCAGUGGCCGCGGGCCGGCGUCUGUCAGGAGAGAUGAUCUCCGUCAAUGAGUUCAUGGUGUCCAACAGGGUGUCUCUAGCACUGCUGCAGAAGCAGCUGAGCGAGACAGCUCAUCAGGGCCCACGGCAGAGCUACAGCCAUCAAAAUGGAUUCUCUGGUGGUGUGGGGGCCUUGGCCAUAAUGAAUAAUCGCCUACAGGAAACCAGUGUGGAUAGGUAGCACCACCGAGAUGUCAUUCUUGUGUUCAUUGCUUUAAGCUCUCUGUAGUGGAGCCCUAAUCCAACCGAAACCGAGUGAUUUAGAGAAAAUCCAUUGUCACUAUGAUAAAACCAAAUUCUGAGAAUAUAAUAUUUUGCCAAUGACUAGUGUUUGUUCAGCGCCUCUCUGAGCAAUUUCAGUGGAAGUCUAUGCAUAUAAUAGCAGACAUCCACCGUGGAUUCUGAACAUCAAAUAAUUAACAUUUUACAUUUUGUUCUGCGUAGAGAAAGAGAGUAAAAGACGAAUAGAAUUUAAAGAAUUCAAUAACACUGUGAAGAGGGGACUGAUGUCCUGAAGUGAUUGGCUCAUUCAAAAGCAAUCAGAUGAAAGAAGCAGUGAAGGACCACUUACAGGGGACUGCUGAUUUAAGAGUGCUGCACGUCCACUGAGCUCCUCAAUAAAUAUGGUCGAAUGGGAGGUGGUAGUCAGUAUUAGUGAACAUACAGACAUAAAAACAAUAUCUACAGUCUCCUCCUCAGAUAAUUACCUGUAUAUAAAUAAAACAUUGGAAAUGUGAUUUGUAUUCAAACAGAGCAUCGUAGACGCACUACAGGAGCUCACAAGCACAGAGUAAGAGACAUUUUAAUUUGUUGAUUCUUCACAAGUUGCCCGUCUUGUUUCAUCAACGCAUCAUUGUGCGUCAUUAAAAUUCAUAGUAAUCAUGAAAGAGCGCUGAGAUCCAGAGUUUUCAAUAGAGAACAUCUAAUCAAACGCGGCCCGUAGAGGACGUCCUCACGUAAAUAAGUGCUGUACAUAUAGGCACAAGAUCACAUCAACAGAUCGGUGAGCUAGAUUCAGGCUCUCUUCGGCGAGCUGGAGGAGAUCCUUUACUAUGCAAGAUAACCCAUUUUAAUCCAUUAUGUGAUUUUGUGUAUCUUCUGUAGAUUUUAAUCAGUGCUUGGUAUGGUGUGCGAGGAGAAAAGCUUCCUCCUUAGAGACAAAAUCAUGCAUUUUCCUCUAGUGGUCACGCUUUACAAGAUCCCUUCACGGUUACUCAUUUCUUUUGUGAGAAUUGUGG